GUGUGCUGGGACUCACACGUGGCAAUGAGCUCUUGAGACUGCGUACUGCACUGGUCGCUCUAUCUCUGGUUGGUCGUACGUACAUUAGCUCCAGUCUACAUAGUCAUACCUCGCCAGAGUCUGCAAAGAUGAUGAAUGAAUACAUUGGUCUUCAUGAUCCAGACUCGUUAAAAAAGUACAGACACUUUGGUCCUGUGUCAGGGACUAUUUCUCUCCUGUUAAGAGUGUUGAAGGAGCAACUCCUGAAUCAUCACUAUGCAGAUGCCCUGAAGAGCUUGGAGGGGUUGUUAGUUCGCUGUGACAACGUACCCGACAUGGCGAGAAGGCUCUGUUUGGAGGUGGUGCUACAUGAUGCUGGUUUGUAUGGAGAUACUCUCGUGCUAUUCAAGCGCUUCUUUUUAAAACGACUGAAAUACAGAGAAGAAACACUGCUGGACUUGUGUAUCUACAUUGCACAAUCUGGCAAUGUGCAGGAGGCAUACGAAACACUGCAAAGUCAGAUAUCGGCUGAGCCGUACAAUUCCAACCCCCUCCUAAGAGGCUACUCUGGAGUGUUCCAGUACCUACUGUGGGAGAAAGAGGUGGCAUCUGAGAAACAAUUGAGAAGCAAGAAGGAAGAAGCUGCCAGCUCUGAAUGUUCCGGUAGCAGUGAUGAAGAGAGUACACCGCCAAGUGAAAGUUUACUGAUCCGAGCAUUCUCCAGGCAAGCAUUAGCACAUUUUGACACACUUUGGAGCAUGAGCUUCUCCCAGCAAGACAACAUGGACUACUUUAUAGAGGUGCAUCACAAGUUACUGGUUGCUCUAGGGGAGAAGAAAAAAGCAUUUGAAGUGCUUCAAAACUGCGAUGAAAAGUUUCCCAGGAGAAUUCCUAUUAAAAGGUUGCUCUGCAAGCACUUGCGAGAGAUGUCUCCAGCCAAGGUCAGGAGACGAAGGCAUUAUCUCAAGGCUCUGGUUGAGCUUGAUGAGAGUUGUCAGGAGGUGAUCGAGCUGGUUGAAAUGUUGCUAGAGAAAGAUAGAGUGGACUCUACCCUUUGUCAUCACCUUCUCCUGUUCCACUUGGAUUACCCUAGCAACGGCCAUCACCCAAAGGCCUGGAAACUUUUGGAGGAUGUGCACACUUCUCAGGCAGAAUUGCUACAAAGUGAAGCUUGGCAGUCAAGACUGCAAUUAUGGAGAGAACUUUAUCCAGAUAAGAUCAAACAUUGAACCAAUCUAUCUCGAUCCCCACAUUCUUUUUAUAUACGUUAAGAUUGUUGCUUACACCCACACGUAGCAAGUGUUCUUGCAUGUGUUUAUUGUCGUAAUCUCGGAUCUUGGAUCUC